CCCUCUCGCUCAGCGGCGGCCGGCCGGCAUGACGUGCGCGCCGUCAUCUUUCCCAGCCAAUCUAUCCGAUAAAUACGUCGAUUCUCUAUGUGUUGAGCCCGCCCAUCCCGCGGUUCCAGCACCGUUCGUCUUCCUUAUUCGCUGUUUCCGUUCACAAAGGUCGUGAGCCCCGUCUCAAAACCCAAUGGAUCGCAUUUCCACAUCAGGAUAUCCAAUUGGUCUUUUCGUCGAUGAACAUUUUGCCCUCUUUCAGGUCACGUCGUGCCGGGUGGGUUUGGUGGGGUAGCUGGGGAGCUUGGGCGCCGAAUUGGGGCAAGCGGAUGACGAUGGUGGGGCUAGAGCUUCCGAGCUGCAGGUGCUGGAGUGCGGAUCCGCGAAGGGGCUUGAUGAGGCGGAGAAAGUGUGCGGGUGCCGUGUUUGGUGAGGAAGAGUGCGGACCGGGAGAGUUGGGAUAUUCCCAGGAAGGGGCGCGUAGUGCGAUUGCGGACACGAUUGGGGAUGUUGAAGCUCAAUGCGGUUCAGGAGGAAGAAUUGCAUGAGCUUUCUUCUGGUAUUUCCGGCGCCUAUAUACACGAUCACCAGAUACUAAUCACGCUCUCGGA